GGAGCUUUUUGCAAGCGACGCGAUGCGCGCGGGGCUGUUACCUGGGAUAUUGGCCGUUCAGAUGUUCUGGGACUGGCGAUGCCGCAUGUCCAUUGACGCCAUCGCUGGAUCAUCCACCCUUGUGUCACAAGGAUGA